AUGGAUUCUCUUUUCUUUCUCCAUUUCUUUCUUUUUUCCUUCUUUCUUUCUUUCUUUUUUUAUUUCUUUCUUUCUCUUUUCUUUCAUUCUUUCUUUUUUCUUUCUUUUUUCUUUCUUUUUUACUAUGAUUAUUUCUUUCUGUACUCUGAUUCGUUCUCUUUUCUUUCAUUCUUUCUUUUUUCUUUCUUUCUUUCUUUCUUUUUUCUUUCUUUCUUUCUUUCUUUUUUCUUUCUUUUUUCUUUCUUUUUUACUAUGAUUAUUUCUUUCUGUACUCUGAUUCGUUCUCUUUUCUUUCUUUCUUUUUUUAAUCUGAUUCUUUCUCAUCUUUAUUUCUUCGAAACUUCCCCAUUUUCAAUACAACUUUAUUCAUUUCCUUCUUUUUCUCUUUUAAUCUCUUCACUCUCUUCUUCACCACCUACUCUUCCUUUUAUUCUCCUUCUUUAUCCUUUCUCGAAAAACCGUUCGUCCAGAAAGAUUUAUGAGAUGGUAGUCGAACUUUGCCAAACAAAGAAAGCAGCUUUUGAUCUGCGGCAAUCGAUACACUGUUUUUCUUUUGGGCGGAAUUUUAAAGUUACUCUUUGCCUCUUGUAUUUUCCAUUCCCUCUCUUCAACAUAAUAAAUCUUUCCUUUCCCCCUUUAUUGGCUUGUAAUCUAUCUAUCUAUCUAUCUAUCUAUCUAUCUAUCUAUCUAUCUAUCUAUCUAUCUAUCUAUCUAUCUCAACCUGUUCAUUAUCUAUCUAUCUAUCUAUCUAUCUAUCUAUCUAUCUAUCUAUCUAUCUAUCUAUCUAUCUAUCUAUCUAAUAGCUGGCCACUCAUAUUCGAGGAUACCCGUCUACUAUUUUCUUUUUUUUUUGUUAGUGUUUGUACGAUGUGGUGCAAGAAUUGCAUUCAUGAAAAUGGAAACCUCCUUCUCCUUCCGAGUAGCUGUUCAUACUCCACUAGUAGAAUUACAUAA